CUGGCCCGAGUCGCUGAGUCACGUGACAUCUCAAAGCAAGAGGUGGGGGCGUGUCUGCUUCGCUCUGACGCACAGGUGCAGACGCUCAGAGACGCAGACAGACGAGAUAGUUAGUCUUUGAAAACACGGCAGCAGUGGGAGGAGUAAAAACUCAACCAAAGUAUCGAUGUUUUUGUCGCAGUAUCGAUCGAUAUCAAUACUAGCGUUGGUAUCGAUAUUAUCGAUAUUAGGAUCGAUCCGUCCACACCUGCGGUUCAGUUAGUUUGUUCGUUUUUGUUUGCGGAGUUCAGCCUUUUAUCGCGACAAAAGCGGAAGUAACUAAACAUAAGUUCAGAACCGAAGAAACUACAAACUACUAGAAGAAGAGACUCUGGAGAGAGCAUCAGUAGAACACAUUUACACCCUUCAAGGUUGAAAGCCAGGUUCCUUUUGUAGUUCUGACCUCUUCUUCCUGUGACCAAAAGUACAAAGUCUGUGUGGAAAGUGUGAAUUCAUGAGUCAGUGUGAGGACAGAGAGGAGGGAGCCCUGCCCUCAAAAACCAGUCUGUGUGAGGACCAUGAGAGCCAGAACAAAGCUCAGAGGUUUCAUCAGAGACAAAAAUCUGCUGUACUUGGACCUGAACCUGAACCUGAACCCAGCUGCAUGUCCUUCCAGAGCGAUGAGUCAAAGGACCAUAUUAUUUAUUUUAAAGACCAACAUGCAUUAGAGUCAAAAGUGGACCAGCAGAGCUCAGAGGUUUCCAUUGCUCAGUCUAUCCAGCAGCACCAAACACACCAGGACUCCAUAUUUAUGCUGCUGGAGGAAGAAAUUGUCACGUUUGUGAAGAAGGAGCUGAAGAAGAUCCAGAAGGCUCUAAGUCCAGAUUACCCAGAAUGCUUAGAGAGUCAGAGGGAGGAUGAGGAGGAGUUGGAUGGUGAGGAUGAAGAGCAGAGGAGGAGCAGCAGAGACGCGUUUCUGAAGAUCACAGGGAACUUCCUGAGGAGGAUGAAGCAGGAGGAGCUUGCUGACUGUCUGCAGAACGUGAUGUUUCCCAUCACAUAUUACCAGCAGAUGCUUCAAUCAAACCUCCAAGACCAGUUUGUGUGUGUGAAACCAGGCUGGUCAGAAGUCGACCAACGUCUGGAUGACAUCUACACAGAGCUGUACAUCACAGCUGGGCCGGAUUCACACAUCAACACACAGCAUGAGGUCCAACAGCUUGAGACGACACAGCAGAAGCAAAGAUCAGCAGAGGAGCCAGUGAAGCCCAGUGACCUGUUCAAACAUCCCCCUGGUAAAUACAGACGCAUCAUAACAGUGUUGACCAAUGGAAUCGCUGGGAUUGGAAAAACAGUCCUUGUGAACAAGUUUGUGUUGGACUGGACCCAACAAAGGUCCAAUCAAGACGUGCAUCUGAUUUUCCCCUUCACCUUCCGUCGGCUGAAUCCACUGAAGGGACAGAAGUUUACUUUGUCAGAGCUCAUUCAUGAAUGUAUCCCAACAACUGAGUCCAUCAGCCUGGAGGCUCUGAAUUACAUCUUUACACAUCUACAGUCAUCGGGAAACAGCAACUAUGACAAGAGCAGGUUCAAACUUCUGUUUGUGUUUGAUGGACUGGACGAGAGUCGCCUCCAACUGGACUGUAACACCAGUGAGAAGGAGACGGGUCAACCUGACGUCACAGAGUCCACCUCAGUGGAUGAGCUGCUGACAAACCUCAUCAGAGGAAAACUACUACGCUCUGCUCGCAUCUGGAUCACCACACGACCUGCAGCAGCCAAUCAGAUUCAUGGAGACUUUGUUGAGGUGGUGACGGAGGUCAGAGGGUUCACUGACCCACAGAAGGAGGAGUUCUUCAGGAAGAGAUUCACAGAUGAGCAGCAGAGCAACACAAUCAUCUCCCACAUCAAGACGGCACGAAGCCUCCACAUCAUGUGCCACAUCCCAGUCUUCUGCUGGAUCACUGCUACGGUUCUGGAGGAUCUGCUGGAAACCAGAGAGGGAGGAGAGCUGCCCAAGACCCUGACGGAGAUGUACGCAGAGUUCCUGAGGUUUCAGAUGGAUCGGACUAAAGACAAGUACAGACCAGAACAGAGCAGCACCUACAUCAAGUCAUUGGCUAAACUGGCUUUGAAGCAGCUGCUAAAGGGAAACUUGAUCUUCUAUGAGGAAGAUCUGAAAGAGAGCGGCAUCGAUGUCAGUGGAGCCUCAGUGUGUUCAGGAGUGUUCACAGAGAUCUUUAAACAGGAGCGAGGGAGGAAAACCAAGAUGUUCAGCUUUGUUCAUCUGAGCGUUCAGGAGUUUCUGGCUGCUGUUCACAUGAUGCUCUGUUACGACAAUGGGAAAAUGGAGGAACUGGAGGAGUUUCUGAAAGACUCCAAACACACAAAAUCUAUCCUUAAGAAAAUAAAACAGUUGUUUGUUCAUCCUUCAACUCUCUCUACUCUGCAUGAUGUCCUGAGUAGAACCAUGUUUAAAUCCCUCCUGAGUCCAAGUGGCCACCUGGACCUGUUUGUUCGCUUCCUUCAUGGCCUCUGUCUGGAGUCCAACCAGAGAAUCUUAGGAGGUUUGCUGGGUCACACAGAGAUCAGUCCAGAAACCAUUCAGAGAAUCAUCUACAACCUGAAGGAGAUGGACAGUGAUGAAAUCUCUCCAGACAGAAGCAUCAACAUCUUCCACUGUCUGAUGGAGAUCAACGACCACUCAGUCCAUCAGCAGAUCCAAGAGUUCCUUAAGUCAGAGAACAGAUCAGAGAAGGAACUCUCCUUGAUCCAGUGCUCAGCUCUGGGCUACAUGCUGCAGAUGUCAGAGGAGGUUCUGGAUGAGUUGGACCUGAACCAGUACCACACAUCACUGGAGGGACGAUGGAGACUGAUCCCAGCUGUGAGGAACUGCAGAAAAGCUCAACUUUCUGGCUGUGGACUCAUAGAGACUCACUGUGAAGUUGUGGCCUCAGCUCUGAAGUCCAACCCGUCACAUUUGACACAUUUGGACCUGAGUCACAACAACCUGCAGGACUCAGUGAAGGUUCUGUGUGCUGGACUGAAGAGUCCUCACUGUCGACUGGAGACUCUGAGAUUGAGUGAAUGCAGUUUGUCAGAGAUCAGCUGUGAUUCUCUGGUCUCAGCUCUGAAAUCCAACCCGUCACAUCUGACACAACUGGACCUGAGCUUAAAUAACCUGCAGGAUUCAGGAGUGAAGCAUCUGUGUGGUUUUCUGGAGAGUCGUCACUGUCGACUGGAAACUCUGAGACUGAGUGUGUGUGACCUGUCAGAGAGAAGCUGUGAAGCUCUGUCCUCAGUUCUCAGCUCUCAGUCCUCUAGUCUGAGAGAACUGGACCUGAGUAACAACGACCUGCAGGAUUCAGGAGUGAAGCUACUGUCUGCUGGACUGAAGAGUCCUCUCUGUCGACUGGAGACUCUCAGGCUGUCAGGCUGUCUGCUUUCAGAGGAAGCUUGUGUCUCUCUGGCCUCAGCUCUGAGCUCCAACCCCUCCCAUCUGAGAGAGCUGGACCUGAGCUACAAUCAUCCAGGAGACUCAGGAGUGGAGCUGCUGUCUGCUGGAGUCAAGGAUCCACACUGGAGACUGGACACUCUCAGGGUGGAGCCUGGUGGAGUCCGAUACUUGACACCAGGUCUGAGCAAGUAUUUCUGUCAACUCACCAUCAACACAAACACAGUGAACAGACAUCUACAACUGUCUAACAACAACAGGAACGUGACACAUAUCUGGCAGGAUCAGUCAUAUCCUGAUCAUCCAGACAGAUUUGACUGGCCUCAGCUGCUGUGUAGUAAUGGUCUGACUGGUCGCUAUUACUGGGAGGUUGAGUGGGGUGGAGGAGUUUAUAUAUCAGUGAGUUACAGAGGAAUCAGAAGGAAAGGAGACAGUAAAAACUGUUGGUUUGGAGACAAUGAUCAGUCCUGGCGUCUGAAAUGCACUAAUGGUGGUUACUAUGUCUGCCACAAUAACAUAGUAACACUCAUCUCCUCUUCUGUGUCUCACAGAGUAUCAGUGUAUGUGGACUGUCCUGCUGGUUCUCUGUCCUUCUACAGAGUCUCCUCUGACAAACUGAUCCACCUUCACACCUUCAACACCACAUUCACUGAACCACUUUAUCCUGGGUUUGGGGUUAGGCACAGUUGGCCUGGUUCCACAGUGUCUCUGUGUGAUGUGUCAUAGUGAGAAUUUGAUUUUGUCAGAGAAACAUUGUCACUGUGAAACAUAGUUCAGUCUGUUCAUGUCUGUCUUGUUGUCGUGUCAGAUAGAUGUAUUAAAACAAACUAUGGAGCUAA